CCAUGUGUUCAAGGUCCAUCCAGGCUGUGGCGAGUGUCAGCGCCUCCCUCUUUUUCACGGCCGAGUGAUAUACCAGUGUGUGGACGGGCACAUUGUGUUAUCCAUUCAUCCUAUUGAUUUUGUACCGUCUACGUGCUUUUUGUUUUUUUGGUCAUGCACUCAUGGAGGGCCAGGUCCCUGUUGAAUUCAUUUUAUACAGUGAUGUUUACAGGGCAAAGCACUGCAGAAUCCACACAACCCGUGACAUUUAGGGUCCAUAUCGGAAAACCACAGAAUUAAAGUCAAUGACUUCUAAAGCCCCAGCUUUACAUAAACAAAACUCUCCUAUUUCUCUCUUGACUCUGGAGUACAUUUGAGCCUUCAUAUUUUCAUAGUUCUGUGUCCGAUCAGUACUCUGACAGCACAAUGACAAAGCCACACUGUGAAGACUCGGCCCAGGAACCCAGAGAGCCGUGGAGUCCAGGAGCGGGGCCUGGAGGCAGGAAACCUGGACUGAGUCUUGGUUCUAGAAUGUACUGUGCUGAGGCCCAGAGACAUUGCUUGACCACUCCAGGCUUCAUUUUUCCCCUCAUGUAUUACAUGGGGACAAGUCCAGUGUAGGGUGCUGGUCCAGGCAGCAGGCUCGGCUCCCAAAGGGGCUCAGAUGCAGCAAAUCUCGCUCCCCAGAGUCCAGCAGGUGCCACAGCAGGUCCAGCCCGUGCAGCACGUGUACCCCCAAGUGCAGUACGUGGAGGGCGGAGACACUGUCUACACGAAUGGAGCCUUGCGGGCGGCCUACGCCUACAACCCCGAGCCUCCGAUGUACGCCCCAAGCAGCGCAGCGUCUUACUUCGAGGCCCCGGGCGGUGCCCAGGUGACCGUGGCCGGCUCCUCCCCGCCCGUGGUCCCUUCGCACAGCAUGGUGGGCAUCACCAUGGAUGUCGGCGGGAGCUCCAUCGUCUCCAGCGCGGGAGCCUAUCUCAUCCACGGCGGGAUGGACAGCACGAGACACACGCUGGCCCACACUUCCCGGUCGUCGCCAGCUACGCUUGAAAUGGCGAUUGAAAACCUCCAAAAAAGCGAAGGGAUUACAUCACACAAAAGCGGUUUACUCAACAGCCAUCUCCAGUGGCUACUAGAUAAUUAUGAAACUGCCGAAGGUGUCAGUCUCCCCCGAAGCUCUCUAUACAACCAUUACCUUCGACACUGCCAGGAACACAAGCUGGACCCUGUGAAUGCCGCCUCCUUUGGGAAACUGAUCCGCUCCGUGUUUAUGGGCCUGAGGACGCGGCGACUGGGCACCAGGGGCAACUCCAAGUAUCAUUACUAUGGGAUCCGUCUGAAGCCAGACUCACCCCUGAACCGGCUGCAAGAGGACACCCAGUACAUGGCCAUGCGGCAACAGCCUGUGCACCAGAAGCCCAGGUACCGGCCAGCCCAGAAGACAGACAGCCCUGGGGACAGUGGCUCACACAGCAGUCUCCACAGCACGCCGGAGCAGGCCAUGGCCGCACAGAGCCAGCAGCACCAGCAGUACAUAGAUGUCUCCCACGUGUUCCCGGAGUUUCCAGCGCCUGACCUGGGCAGCGUCUUGCUGCAGGAGAGUGUCACACUACAUGACGUCAAGGCCCUGCAGCUGGUCUACCGACGGCACUGCGAGGCAACUUUAGAUGUCGUGAUGAACCUCCAGUUCCACUACAUUGAAAAGCUGUGGCUUUCCUUCUGGAAUUCUAAACCCUCCUCCAGCGAUGGCCCUGCCUCUCUACCGGCCAGUGACGAGAACCCCGAAGCCGCCGUCCUCCCGAAGGACAAGCUGGUGUCUCUGUGUAAAUGUGACCCCAUCCUCAAGUGGAUGAGGAGCUGCGACCACAUCCUCUACCAGGCCCUGGUGGAGGUCCUCAUCCCAGACGUGCUGCGGCCAGUGCCCAGCACCCUGACACAGGCCAUCCGCAACUUUGCCAAGAGCUUGGAAGGCUGGCUGACGAACGCCAUGAGCGACUUCCCACAGCAGGUCAUCCAGACCAAGGUGGGCGUGGUCAGCGCCUUCGCGCAGACCCUGCGGAGGUACACGUCCCUCAACCACCUGGCGCAGGCAGCCCGGGCGGUGCUUCAGAACGCUUCCCAGAUCAACCAGAUGCUCAGCGACCUCAACCGCGUGGACUUCGCCAACGUGCAGGAGCAGGCCUCGUGGGUGUGCCAGUGCGAGGAGAGCGUUGUACAGCGGCUGGAGCAGGACUUCAAGCUGACCCUGCAGCAGCAGAGCUCCCUGGACCAGUGGGCCCGCUGGCUCGACAACGUGGUCACCCAGGUCCUGAAGCAGCACGCGGGCAGCCCCAGCUUCCCCAAGGCUGCCCGGCAGUUCCUGCUAAAAUGGUCUUUUUAUAGCUCCAUGGUGAUUCGCGACCUCACCCUGCGCAGUGCCGCCAGCUUCGGCUCCUUCCACCUGAUCCGCCUGCUGUAUGACGAGUAUAUGUUCUACCUGGUGGAGCACCGCGUCGCCGAGGCAACUGGAGAGACGCCCAUUGCUGUGAUGGGAGAGUUCAACGAUCUCGCCUCCCUGUCACUGACGCUGCUGGACAAAGAUGACAUCAGUGAAGACCGGGGCAGUGAGGCCAAUGUGGACGCCCGCAGCCUUGGCGAACCCCUGGUGAAGCGCGAGCGCAGUGACCCGAACCACCCCCUGCAGGGCAUCUAGGGGGCGCCCUUCCCCAGGCCCCGCCCAGCCCCCUGAGGCUCCACCGCGAUCGUGCCUCCUCCGUGAAGUGACCUUGCCUCUGACUCCUGCCGUCGGAGGCCCAGCACGCCCUGGAAGGUCACGCUGUUCCUCCGGAAGAGAAAACUUGUUCGCCGCGCCACAGGCCACGCCCGGUUCCGAGUGCCCGGGUUCUUUUCGUCCUGACUGUCCUCGUCCUCCCGUCUGCUGCACUGGGACCUUCCAUGGAGUCCACUCGUCCCGCCAGGAGCUGGAAGGACGUGCGGGGUGGGUCGGCACUUGGGCACUAGGCUUCUCCUCCAUUCAGCUUGGUCCAGUUUUCACCGUGAUGUUUAAAAUUCAGGCGGAGGCGGAAAAGGAAGGGUGUGGGCAGCUGCUGGGCAGUCCCGAGCUGGCCUCGUCCACGGAGCUUCCGCCCUGCUGCCCCUGUGGUGGGAAGGGACACUGUGCACCCCGUGGCCCCUGGGAGACAGCCCGUCCGCACCUCCUGCCCUGCCCCGCGCUGAGGCAGAGAGGCCGCCCCCACAAGGGCCCCAGCUCCAGAUGCCAAAGGUCCCCAGAGUGUGGGCAGGCAGCCCACGGCCCGACAUGGCUCAUGAAACAAGUCACAGAAACUGGCCCACUCGUGUCUUUUAAGAGUCAACACCAGACAUCAGCAACGGGAAGGACUGUGGUCCUAAUCCAAGGUCACAGCCAACAUGAAGCCAAACAGCUGGGUCUGGAACGUGUCCUGAGGGGGCCGGGAGGGCGGUCAGCGUUUCAGCAGUGCCUUCAGAGGGCAGCCACCCACCAAGCUGCACAAACAGCUGUUCCUGCAGCCAGCUCCACAGAAUCUUCCAGAACACCUGCCUUGCAAUUGGUGUUUCUGAGGCAGUGUAACCCCGGGCAGGUCCCAUCUUGAACUGCUCAAAGUCGAGAGUCUUCUCUGGGGGCAAACAUCCCAAGGACUGGCACAAGCCUGAACUUCAAACUCCAGAUCUGUGGCCAUCAUAACACGUUGCACUUGGUUAGUUUAACUCCAUGCGAGACUUCUGUCCCCAAAACAACUGCAAAGAAGAAAGACAAACCUCUGGUCUAGGAAGCGCCAUCUUAGAAAUGCAAUAGUUUCUCUUUUUGGAAAUAUGUUUAUACCAAUAGUUUCGUGCUCCAAUUGUUAUUAGAACGUUUCUUAUGAAUGUGUAUAUUGCAGUAUAUUCGGUCCCCAAUGUUUUUUUCUCGUUCACACAGGUGAUGGAAAGUCAUGUGGCCUUUAAAAACCUUACUUCCCGUCAAGCAGGAGUGCUGUACAGGCCUCUGCCCUCGCCAGGUGUGCAGGGGCGGCUGGGGGGAGGACCAGAAGGAGACGCACUGAUUCUAGAAACCAGAAGUCCAUGGUGAUCAGUGUCUGUCUGGUCUUAGAGUUCAAGACUUAGAUGAAAUCAGACGGAAAGAAUGUCUUUAAAUACCCAUCUCCUCCACGGGGAGGCAUUGACGUUCUUGGAUUGUAAUGGCCUGUCUUUGCUUCCACAUGUGGUAACCAGUACCAGCUGGGUUCUGCCUUACGCUCUGUCUGGUCCUUUGCAGGAUUCCAUGAGGAGGACUACAAAUGACAGUAAAGACACGAGCCUUCCAAGCCUGUUCUCAUUUUUCAUUGCAGUAAACACAUUUAAUGUACCCAUUUGGGGGUCACAGUCCACACUCCAGCCUCCACACCCCCCCACAGUGGCUCUGCAGGAUGUGGCCCCCCUUUCCCAGCCUGGCCCCCAGCACUGUCCUCCCAACUCUCUGUGGAGACUCCCAGAAGGAGCAGGUUCUUCAAGCUUCAUUUAGCAAGGCUAGCCCUGGGCCAAAAGUGGCAAGAAACGGUUAUCAGCCCGGGAUGGUCAAGGCCAUUUGUAAAUAGACUAGGCUCAUUCAGACAUGACAGAAUGAAGCCACGCUCCAACGCUGAUGCAACCCACCAGUUCUUGGGUUUAUUCUGUAGGGCUGUGGGGCCAAACUCCAGAGUCCCCUAAAGAGCAGGGCUUGAGUUUGUUCCAAAAUCGCCAAUCCCUGAGCCCCAUCUGCGAGAGCCUGCCUCGUGGGAUUGUAGGAGCCAGGAAUCCAUAUUGCUGUGACCACCCCCUUCUAGGGGACUGACACAGACUCAUAGGACUUUGAAGAAACCCUGCCGGGGAGAGCAAUGCAGUUCCUGGUCAGCCCCACCUAAAAGCUGCUUCUUGCUGCCAGGCCGUUGCCCCACGUGGCCCCAGGGAUGCUCGGCCUCAGCCCCAGCAUAGGCCCCUCUGUCCUAGGAAGAGGCCCUGGGACCCCCAGGUGACACUAAAAUCACCUCACUUCCUUGGGCUGGGCAAUGCAGGGCCUGUGCUUGGCUUAAUGCUCUGCUGUCACCAUCUUGAAAUUUUCAUUUUCCACUGGCCCCACAAAUUCUGUGGCCGCUCCUGGGGAACUCCCUUCCCUUCCGGGCCUGACUCUGUAUUGACUCCCUGCCAGGCUCUCCGAACUCAGACUCUGCCACCCUCUGGUGGUUCACAUGUCAGUCCCCUGCAGCCCCUGAGCAGCACCAGCCCUUGCUCUGAACAGCAGCCCCCCGCAGCCCUCCCCCUCAGAGAGCCAGGCCUGUGUCAGGGAGGCAGGCUCCUGGAGGACACAGCCAGGCCCUGCCCAUGGGGCCUGAGUGGCUGGUGAGGGAGUGAGCAGGGCAAUAUCUAUGUGAUUACUGUCGCAGGAGCCAGAGAGGAGAUGAGGAGGGGAGCCUGCUGAAGGCCCACGGGCCGUCAAGUCCCUCAGUGGGGCCACAGGGUAACCCCCAGGGCACAGGCACCGCACAACAGGGCGCAGUCCCACCAAGAGCCUCUGGGAGUUUCUGCCUAAUCACAGGAGCUCCACGAUAGACAUUUUGGUCCCAUCUCUUCUUUUUUGAUGAUCUUCCAAGAUAGAUGUCACUUCCAUUGUACACACGGAAAAAUUGAAGCUGCUGGCUGGAAUGCAGACGUGAUGGCUGGAGCACCAACAGCCAUCCUCGACUUCGAGGUGGAUGUCAUAUAAUAAGGAUGGUGAAGUAAUGAGACAGAAGUCUGGGUCCCUGCUGAUAUUACAGUCCUAUCGGCCCCCUGUCAGAGUUCAGUAAGGCACAGUUAGGGAGGGGGGAGGCGAUAUGCAAGGGGACCUAUAGAUGUUCCUGCCUCCACAGACUCUGGAAGCAAAAUACGAGGUGUACACACACACACACACACCAGCUGCAGACGUAACUCUCGUCUACCUUGCUCAAGUUCAUGUUUCCCAAACCUAUCACAGUGUACACUCGGCAAAAAUCUAGUGAAUGAGUGAGUGAAUGAAUGAGGAAGUCUUCUGGGAAAUGGUCCGGGAAGGAGGAGAGAAAACGUGAAGGAAUGAGGAAGAGCAGGCAAAGAAAAUCAAACUCAUUCAGGAGGCCACCACCAGAAUUUUUUGAUACCAUCAAGCUGGACUUUAGAAAGACUGAUUCUGGCAGGGUGGGUGAAGGAACCGGAAGUAAGGGGGUCAAUUAGGUACUUG